UUUCUCUCUCAUUCCGCGCCGUGACCGUUACAAGAUCAAUGAGGCAAAACCAACACUGUAUUUGUAAGUGAAUACCCGAAACCAGCGGAACGCAGUCUUCCCUGCUGUCACUCUCCGGUUUAGAUCCCAAUGCUAUGCCUAUCACUCGUGUCCACAACGACGACGACGUCGUCGAACCCUACAACAUCAUUCCUAUCCACAACCACACCGCCACCACCCACCUAAUCGCCGACCACCCUUCCUUCCGCGUCCCAGAGGUACGCGCCGCCGUAUCCGCCCUCCGCUCUGUAGGUGACCUCCGGCGUCCCCCUUCCCCACGAUGGCACCCCGGCAUGGACCUCUUGGACUGGCUAGCCCUCUUCUUCGGCUUCCAAAACGACAACGUUCGCAACCAGCGCGAGCACCUCGUCCUCCACCUCGCCAACGCUCAGAUGCGCCUCUCUACUCCUCCCGACAACAUCGCCGCCCUAGACGCCACCGUCCUCCGCUCCUUCCGCGUCAACCUCCUCAGCAAUUACACCAGGUGGUGCUCCUAUUUGUCCACCGAACUCAACCUCUUCCUCUCCGACGCCUCCUCCGAAUCCAAUCACCGCCGCGAGCUCCUCUACGUGUCUCUCUACCUUCUCAUUUGGGGAGAAGCCGCAAACCUUCGAUUCCUCCCCGAAUGCAUCUGCUACAUCUUCCACUACAUGGCCAUGGACCUCAACAGAAUCUUGCAUGACCAUUACCACCACGAGCCUUCUAUUCCUAACGAAAACGGGUUUCUCGAGAGCGUUGUGAAACCGAUUUACCAAACCAUACUCUCUGAGGUUGAGAGUAGCAGGAACGGAACUGUACCUCAUUGUGAAUGGAGAAAUUACGAUGACAUAAACGAGUAUUUUUGGAGUAAGAGGUGUUUUGAGAAGCUCAAGUGGCCUAUUGAUUUGGGAAGCAACUUCUUUGUUUUUAGGGGAAGAGAGGGAAAGCGUGGGGGAAAAACUGGGUUUGUGGAACGGAGGUCGUUUUGGAACUUGUUUAGGAGUUUUGAUAGGCUUUGGGUGAUGCUGAUUUUGUUCUUUCAAGUUGGUGUGAUUAUUGCUUGGGAUGAUAGGGCUUAUUAUCCUUGGCAUGGGUUGGAGGAUCGUGACUUGCAGGUUCGGCUUUUCACUAUUUUCUUCACGUGGAGUGCUUUGAGGUUUCUGCAAUCUUUGCUUGAUGCUGGAAUGCAAUGCAGGUUGCUUUCAGUGGAGACAAUGUGGCUAGGAGUCAGGAUGGUGCUGAAAACCGUUGUUGCCGCGGCAUGGUUCUUUGUCUUUGUUGUCUUUUAUGGAAAGAUAUGGGAGCAGAGAAAUCAUGACAGAGAGUGGUCUGGGGAAGCAAAUAGGAGGUUGCUGAAUUUUCUUGAGGUUGCUCUUGUUUUCGUAGUUCCGGAGCUUCUAGCUUUAGUCCUUUAUAUACUUCCUUGGGUUGGAAAUUUUAUUGAGAAUAAGGAUUGGGGGAUUUUUAACUUCUUGUCGUGGUGGUUUCACAACAGAACUUAUGUUGGUCGUGGAUUGAGGGAAGGUCUUUUAGACAACAUUAAGUACACCUCGUUUUGGGUUGUGGUGCUUGCUUCAAAAUUUUGUUUUAGCUAUUUUUUACAGAUUAGACCAAUGAUUGCUCCAUCAAAGGCAGUAUUGGACCUUAAGGAUGUUCGUUAUCGAUGGCAUGAAUUUUUUCAAGAUGGUAAGUGGCUUGUUCUUGGGUUGCUGUGGCUUCCUGUUGUUUUGAUUUAUCUAAUGGAUAUACAGAUAUGGUAUUCGAUAUAUUCAUCGUUGGUUGGGGCGACUGUGGGUUUGUUGGCCCACUUGGGUGAGAUUAGGAGUAUGCGACAGCUGAAGUUGAGGUUUCAGUUUCUUGCUAGUGCAGUUCUGUUUAAUCUAAUGCCGGAGGAGCAGUUGUUGAGUGCAAGGGGAACAUUGAGUAGCAAAGCUAAGGAUGAAGUUCACAGGAUGAAGCUCAGAUACGGGCUUGGUGAGCCCUAUAAGAAGCUUGAGUCUAACCAGGGUGAGGCCAACAAAUUUGCUCUGAUAUGGAAUGAGAUAAUCAUGUCUUUCAGGGAGGAAGAUAUCAUCUCUGACCGAGAGGUUGAGCUGCUGGAGCUGCCAAAGAACUCUUGGAAUGUUAGGGUUAUUCGUUGGCCAUGUUUUCUUCUCUGCAAUGAGUUGCUGCUGGCGCUCAGUCAGGCCAAAGAACUUGUUGAUGCUCUUGAUAAGAGGCUUUGGAAGAAAAUCUGCAAGAAUGAGUUCAGGCGAUGUGCUGUCAUUGAAGCAUAUGACUGCAUCAAGCACUUGCUUCUUGAGAUUAUCAAGCCUAAUAGUGAAGAGCAUUCUAUUGUGAUGGUUCUGUUUCAGGAGAUUGAUCAGUCUCUCGAGCUUGGGAAAUUCACUACAAUAUUCAAAACGACUGCACUUCCCCAGCUCCACAACAAGCUGAUAAAACUUGUUGAGUUAUUAAAUGGGAAUAAAAUAGAUCCUAACCAAUUGGUUAACACCCUUCAGGCCAUUUAUGAGAUUGUUGUAAAAGAUUUUUUCAAGGAGAAAAGGGGCAUUGAACAGCUUGGGGAGGACGGUUUGGCUCCACAGAAUCCAGCUUCUUCAGAGGGUUUGCUUUUUGAAAAUGCCAUUCAGUUGCCUGACACCAUUAGUGAGAACUUCUAUCGCCAGAUUCGGCGCUUGCAUACCGUUCUUACCUCUAGGGAUUCAAUGCAAAACAUCCCAGUUAAUCUAGAAGCCAGACGAAGGAUUGCUUUCUUCAGCAACUCACUUUUUAUGAACAUGCCCCAUGCUCCCCAAGUUGAGAAAAUGAUGGCUUUCAGUGUUCUAACCCCUUACUAUAGUGAAGAAGUAGUUUUCAGUAAAGAACAGCUCAGAGUUGGGAACGAAGACGGUGUGUCAACCCUGUACUAUUUGCAGACUAUAUAUGAUGACGAGUGGAAGAAUUUUAUGGAGAGGAUGCGGCGGGAGGGGAUGAAGAAUGAUAGUGAGUUAUGGAAUGAUAAACUUACAGAUUUGAGGUCCUGGGCAUCCUACAGAGGCCAGACACUAUCGAGGACUGUUAGAGGAAUGAUGUACUAUUAUAAGGCCCUCAAGCUUUUAGCUUUUCUGGAUUCUGCAUCAGAAAUAGAGAUUCAAGAAGGCACACGUGAAGUUAUUCCACUGAAGCAAGACAAUUCAGAUGGUUGCAACUCGGAAAGGUCACCUUCCCCUUUGAGUUUAAGUAGAACAAGUAGUUCAGCUGGUUUGUUAUUCAAAGGCCAUGACUAUGGAACUGCUUUGAUGAAAUUCACAUAUGUGAUUGCUUGCCAGAUAUAUGGAGCUCAGAAGGCAAGAAAGGACUCCCAUGCUGAUGAAAUUCUGUAUCUAAUGAAAAACAAUGAAGCACUUCGAGUUGCCUAUGUUGAUGAGGUUCCCAUUGGGAGCAAUGAGAAGGAGUAUUACUCUGUUCUUGUUAAGUAUGACCAACAAUUGCAGAGGGAGGUGGAAAUUUACCGUGUAAAGUUGCCAGGUCCCUUAAAGUUAGGAGAAGGAAAGCCAGAAAAUCAAAAUCAUGCCAUCAUUUUCACUCGUGGGGAUGCAAUUCAGACUAUUGAUACGAACCAGGACAACUACUUUGAGGAGGCACUUAAAAUGAGGAAUCUCUUGGAAGAAUACAGGCAUUACUAUGGUAUUCGGAAGCCUACCAUUUUGGGAGUGAGGGAACACCUUUUUACAGGUUCUGUUUCCUCUCUUGCGUGGUUCAUGUCAGCUCAGGAAACGAGUUUUGUCACCUUAGGACAGAGGGUUUUGGCAAACCCUCUGAAAGUUAGAAUGCAUUAUGGUCAUCCUGAUGUGUUUGACAGGUUUUGGUUCAUAACUAGAGGUGGUCUCAGUAAAGCCUCUAGAGUGAUCAACAUAAGCGAGGAUAUUUUUGCUGGGUUUAACUGUACUCUUCGAGGAGGCAAUGUCACACAUCAUGAAUACAUUCAGGUUGGAAAGGGAAGGGAUGUUGGGUUGAAUCAAAUAUCUAUGUUUGAAGCAAAGGUUGCCAGUGGAAAUGGGGAGCAAGUCCUAAGUAGAGACGUGUAUAGAUUGGGUCAUAGGUUGGAUUUUUUUCGGAUGUUGUCAUUCUUCUACACUACAGUGGGAUUCUUUUUCAACACGAUGAUGGUGGUUCUUACCAUAUAUUCAUUUUUAUGGGGACGAUUGUUGCUUGCUCUUAGUGGUGUUGAAGCUGCUAUGGAAAGUAACAGCAAAAAUAAUAAAGCACUCGGUGUCAUCUUGAAUCAGCAGUUCUUCCUCCAAAUUGGGCUUUUUACUGCCCUUCCAAUGAUUGUGGAGAAUUCUCUUGAGUAUGGUUUCCUUCACGCUGUUUGGGAUUUCUUGACGAUGCAACUCCAACUUUCAUCAGUUUUCUACACAUUCUCUAUGGGUACGCGUAGCCACUUCUUUGGAAGAACUAUCCUGCAUGGUGGGGCAAAAUAUCGAGCAACGGGUCGUGGCUUUGUUGUAGAGCACAAGAGUUUUGCAGAAAACUAUAGACUCUAUGCUCGGAGCCAUUUUGUGAAAGCAAUUGAACUGGGGCUAAUACUGAUAGUUUAUGCAUCAAACAGCACUUUAGCAACCGACACAUUUGUUUAUAUAACCAUGACCAUCUCUAGUUGGUUCUUAGUUGCAUCAUGGAUCAUGGCACCAUUUGUGUUCAAUCCUUCUGGUUUUGACUGGCUAAAGACUGUGUAUGAUUUUGAUGACUUCAUGGAAUGGAUUUGGUACCGUGGAAGAGUGUUUGUCAAAGCAGAACAGAGCUGGGAAAAAUGGUGGUACGAAGAGCAGGAUCAUCUUAAGGUAACAGGGAUUUGGGGAAAGCUUUGGGAGAUAAUCUUGGACCUUCGGUUCUUCAUAUUUCAAUAUGGUAUUGUAUAUCGGCUAAGCAUAGCUGCUGGGAGUACCAGUAUUGCUGUUUACUUGCUAUCUUGGAUUUAUGUAUUUAUUGUAUUUGGGAUUUAUGCUGUGGUAAUUUAUGCCCAGAACGAAUUCGCAGCAAAACACCAUAUCUAUUAUCGUUUGGUCCAGUCCAUUUUGGUAGUUCUUGCCAUACUUGUGAUAGUUGCUUUGCUGGAAUUCACUGAAUUCAAAUUCAUGGACAUUUUAACUAGCUUGUUGGCAUUCAUUCCCACAGGCUGGGGAGUGGUAUUGAUUGCUCAAGUAUUGAGGCCUUUUUUGCAGCACACCGUAAUUUGGAAUGGCGUUGUUUCUUUGGCACGUCUAUACGAUGUAUUAUUUGGAAUCAUUGUUUUGGCCCAUGUGGCUCUGCUAUCAUGGUUGCCUGGUUUUCAGGCUAUGCAAACUAGAAGUCUCUUCAACGAAGCAUUCAGUAGGGGCCUCCGGAUAUUUCAGAUUGUUACGGGAAAAAAGUCCUCAGGUUGAUUGUCAGAUACUAGAGUUAUUUGCAGUGACGGAGGAGAGUAGAGAUCUGAGGCAGAGACGCAAUGCUAUUGAUUGAGUUGAAAAACGAUGGUUCUACGGAUCCCAGCGAGUGAAGAUGGGGGAUUGGAGCUGUUCAUGGAGAGGUUGCGUUUUGGUAGUGAGACUGCAUAUGAAUGUUACAGGUUUGACCACCAAAUAAUUUCUCGUGGUGGUGAGGUUGCAGAAGAAGGAGACACCAUGACAAUAGUUACUAGUGAUUUGAAAAGCAUAGGCACGUAUCUUAUUUUUUUUACAUUUCAUUUUUUCUAUUUUUUAUUUUAUGUGCUGUGUAAAACUCUAAUUAUAUUUUUCACAGUCAUAAUUUUUUAAUAUGAAGGAUUUAGUU